AUGCCGGCGCGAAGAGGUGGGAAGUCUGGUCCACGCUCAAAGCGUACGCGGCAUUCAGCGAGGAUUGUGGCCCUGGGACAACUCGACACUACCCCAAACCGUCACGAUCAGUCUCCUCAUGCAGUUCAGACUCAGGACCCAACACCGGCAUUACCAAAUCAGGGCGCAAAUCCUGAGCCUCCAAACUCUGAGAUCCCGUCGACAAACGAAUUUGAUGAUGACCUCAACGAUGAUGAUCUGAGGCGGCUGGUUGAAGCUGAAGCCGUUCCAUCCGCUCAACCACCUAUUGAUUUCUCAUGGUCUGAAAUCGGUUCAACACGCCGAAGCUCGCCUCUACGGGAAGACGAGCCAAGCUUUUUAGACAACCAAGAUUCUCUUAUCGACGAAUUUUCCAGUCCAAAGUCCGGUCUAGGCAAGCUUCCCAACACUCAGCCACUGCCAUCUGAGCCUGAUCAGGAAAGUAAAGAACCUCCUUUUGUUGACUUUUCUGAGACAGCUUCUACUGUGCGACGAAGUUCACCUUAUUAUUCCUUGGCUGCCUCUCAGAUUGGAGAUGACGAGCCUCCGAAUUUCGUUGAAAACAAUCCUUUGGCACCACUACCAAGUACCAUACAAGAUUCGAUACAGUCUCUUGGAUUACCACCUUUCCCUGAACUAGAAGCCAUGGAUCACUUGCCGGAAGAUGAGUUAUAUGAUGUCACACCUCCCAAGUCGACGGCUGAGCUUGAAGCUGAGACAUCGCGAAAAGAGGAGGAAGCACCUGAAGCUGCCCCAGAAAGUUCACAGCGUACUAAGAAACCAAGUUCGUCACAGAACUCAAAGACAAAAGGAAGGCCGGGGAAGACCACAAAAAAGCACGAUGCCCUUGUGAGAGUGUUGGAGGAGGAGCUGGAAUCAUCAGAAGAAGACGAAGGAGAGGGGCAAGCAUCUUCAACUCCUGAAAAGCCACCAGAGAAGCCUCCAAAGCGGAAGAACGGCGCUCGAAAAGGCAAGGAAACGCCAGAAAGUAAGCCUGCCGCCACGGCCACUCAGGAUACACGGAAAAGUGAGCAACGACCCAAGGAAAAGAAAGGCCGGAAACAACGAGCGAAGACUCCCAUCCAGUUUGACGAAGAGACACAGCAAAUAAAAGAGGUAACACCACGCAGGGUACCGGAACAGCAACCUCGCAUGCCAAUCGUCAGCAGUCUCAGAAAAUCGUAUGCUGGCUCUGUCUCUCCCAUGGCAAGUGCAGGGAAAGGGACGCCCGGCUCAAAACGAAAGCCUGCACCGAAGCGCAAACCGCCUGCUAAAGGCACUUUCCAGAAGGAGAAAGCUUCCCAGAAAGUCCCUCCAGCUGCACGAAAGUCAGAUCUGAAGAACGUGGUGCCUCAAGAGAAACCUGAUACGACUGAAAAAGGGAAUGAACGUGUAGUUCCUGCUACAAAAGCAGCAACUAAGCCUUUACCCGCGAUUACCAAGAGAAUAACCCGAGCCCAUGUAAAAGAGGAGGAGGCGCCAGUGUCGCAGCCUCCAGAAGUCUCAGAGGCACAAGAAACAAAAGAUGAGACCCAGGGGUCGACCCAGGACCCUAUCGUGCUCUCCAGCGACCCUGAAAGCUCUUUAUUCUCGGAUGAUGACGAUGCCUUUGUCCCAAUCCAAGACUUACACCAAAAAGUGAAGACUCGACCAGAAAGGAAGGUCCAAUCAGUAAUGGGGGAGUUGCUUGUUGACCCGAUUGUCGACGUGGAACCAGCGGGCCAUGCCCAUCGUGAGAAAGCGCAACCUUCUACACGCCCACAGACCUUACCGCAGAAUCCCGAGGCUCCUGGCCCUUCACGUCCUCAAGAAGAACAAAUCUCUCAGCAGAGGACAGAAAUGACGGUUAAGCGGGACCCUAAGCAACUUGUUGAAGAACCUCUUCCAAGCACGAAGGGAAACCGUGCAGCUCAGAAGGGCCGAGAGGUUUUGUCCGCCCGCGAUACUAAUAUUGUCGUUCAACAAGAUACCUCACGGGCAAGGACUUUGAAAAGACCUGCUCAGACAGUUGAUCCCAUCGUUGAUGCUUCUCACCCACCUCGCAAGAUCAGCAAAACUUCAAGGAGCUUCAGUAUCAGCCAGGCGGGUAGCCCGUUGCCACUUGAAACAAGCCCAGCGCAGCUUGUUAGUGGAACAAGUCCAAGUGCUAUGGAAGAAGUUGAAUCUGCGAAAGUGCCCAAACGCAACCAACAGACGGAGCCUAGAAGAUCCCAACGCCUUCGAAGAACUGCGGAAUAGGAAUCCCCAUAUACUGAUGGCAAUUACUUACAACAAGAGUACCUCUCUAGUCUGGCAGCUGCUGAGGCCAUUCCUGACAAGACCAGAGUGGGAUUGAGACCUAAACCGACAACGAAUGUCAAAACUGAGCCUGCUAAUUUGCGCCCCGAGCCAAGUUCAAGUGAUCAAGACAUUCAUGCUCAGAUACUGGCGUCCCUGCAGGGACAAAAGGAAGCUACUGCCGAAGUGGAACAGGCCAUGGAGCAUAACAAAGUCCGCGGCAAUAGAGAGUCUCCCAGACAGACACGGCCGGCAGGGCCGAAUGCAGAGAUAGGAGAGAAACUCCAUGGACUAGUCGAGAUGAUGUUGGAUCAUCUCCAGGCCAAGGAAGCGAGCAUCUAUCGUGGCGCUGAUGCCUAUCGGAAGAAUGGCCUCAAUUGCGUGGACAAGAUUGAACGACGCUACAUGCAAGAGAGGCAGGCGCUCAAUGAAACGUGGAAGAGGGAUGGUGAUAGGUUCCUCCGGGGGACGCGGGCAGCCAAGGCAGCGAUUGAUGAGCGCGGAAAGAUACGAGAGAAGGCGAUGCAGCAACUAAAUGAAACGGCAACAAAGCGCCGUCACUUGUUUGAACAAGCGACGACAAGUUUACGAGCGCUCCACGGGCGAUUAAUGCAGGGAAACCUUGCAGACUACGAAAAUUGAGAUGAUUUACUGUACAGAUUUUGUAAUGAUACAAGAUGGCAUUUGCUGGAGCUAGGUAAUGGACAAGUCUGACUCGUUGUGGGUAUGUGAUGGCCGUUGGUGGAAUGGGGACUGAAAAUCAGGGUUCAAUGGCGGCAGGGAUCAAAAGGUUGAUUGAUGGGUCAGUUUCAUGUUAGUCGAGCGGUAAGGAUCCCGAGCCUGGCCAAUGUUAUGGAUGAGGAGUCGCUAGGCAUUGAUAGUGAUCUUAUUGAGAAGUGAUGUCCUC